CGCCUGGAUGCGGUUCUGCCGGCUGCUUCCAGUAAUGGCCACGCAGCGCUCGGCACCGAUUCACAGCCCUCAACCCACCCUCUGCUCAGCCACUGAAACAUCGCUCACGGCUGCCCGGGACGCAGCAAAAAAAAAGAGGUUUUGUGGAGGGGAAGGGGAAAUGCGCCGGGUUUUGUGUGUGGCUGUGGGAGCAGCGCGGGGACGGAGCCGUCAGGGCAGCGACGCUGCGGCGUGGGCCGAGGAUCCUCUCCUUGGUAGCACCUCCCUCCCCAUCCCCGUGACGGUUUCAACUUUUGCAGUCUCCCUGGAGACAGUUAAGCAAGUUUCUGGUGUUUUCCGGUGCUAAAGGGCCCUGGGAGCCGAAGAUGCACGGAGAAGCCUACACGAGCCAGAAUUAAUUCGCUCCUAAUCGCGGCGCGCAGCCGGCCGGGCUGACCUCCGCACGUCCUUCCCUGCGCCCAGCGGGGACCAUCCCCGGGUGGGACCCUCCCGGCCCCAUCCCCGUCCCGCUGGUGCCUGCUGCGAGCCCGGCUCUUGGCAGAGCUCCCCGGCCCUUCCUGCCUCGCCUCCCUCGCUGCGAGCCUGCCCAGGCCCCGGCCCAGCCAUGCGGGCUGUGUUUGUACACAGAUGAGUAACAGCUCCAGGCGCUCGCACAGCGCCCAGCCCGCUGCCGGCAGCAGCGCCCCCAGGGGUGGAGGCGGAGAAGGGAGCGGCGGCGCUGCCGGGGCCAUCAGCGGUGCCACGCGGUGCCUGGCCAGGCAGCGAUGUGCCCAGGCAGGGUGUGAGGCACCGCCGGGGCUCGUCCCCAAGGACGCUGAGCCACCGUCAUCCCUUGGAUCCACCGUCCCCACUGCAUGAUGCUGAGCCUCAAGUUACCCCGGCUGCUCAGCAUCAACCAAGUGCCUAAGGGCUACCAGGAGCAGGGCAUCCUCUGCGGGUACCGCCCUCCGCGGAGCUCGGCAGCCGACUGCCUCCUCAGCGUCUUCCAAAUGACCAACGAAACGCUCAACAUCUGGACCCAUUUCGUGCCCGCCUGGUACUUCGUGUGGACCCUGGUGGGGCGGCUGCGGGGGCCGGGGGGCCCUGAGGACCCCCACUCGUGGCCUCUCCUCGCCUACCUGCUGACCUGCUGCAUCUACCCCCUGGCUUCCAGCUGCGCCCACACCUUCAGCCCCAUGUCCACCCGCGCCAGGCACAUCUGCUACUUCUUCGAUUACGCGGCGCUCAGCAUGUACAGCUUGGGCUCUGCGCUGGCGUAUUCAGCGUACGUUUUCCCGGACGAGUGGCUCAGCAGCACCUUCCACCACUGCUACGUCCCCAUCGCCGUGUUCAACACCGUGGUGAGCACCAGCCUGUCCUGCUACUCCAGGUUCCUGGAGGUGGAGCGGCCGCGGCUCAGCAAGGUGUCCCGCACCCUGGCCUUCGUCUACCCCUACCUCUUCGACAGCAUUCCCCUCUUCUACAGGUUCUACCUGUGCGCCGUGUGGGGCUGCGCCGAGCCCGCGGUCGCGCUGCACUACAAGCACACCGCCUUCGCCUUCCUCACCUGCUUCAUCUUUGCCACUCACCUGCCGGAGAGGCUCGCGCCAGGACACUUUGACUACAUCGGGCACAGCCACCAGGUUUUCCACGUGUGCGGGAUCCUGGGCACGCACUUCCAGAUGGAAGCCAUCAUGCUGGACAUGAGCGAGCGCCACGAGCGGCUGCUGGCCACCUCGCUGCUGCCCUCCGCCCUGCAGACCCUGGCGCCCAUGGGCACCUGCAUGGCCAUCGGCCUGGCCGUCAUCGGGCUCUGCUCUGCGUCCCUCCGCUUCAUGCCCGAGCCCGGGCACAAGGACAAGCCACACGGCCACUAGGCUUCGGGUCUAGGUGGCCUCCGUGCUGCUCCGCAGGCCAGAGCCUAAACAGCAGGUGGAUGGGAUGAACGAGGGGUUUAUCCGCAUUCGCUCCACGAGAAAAUAUUUAUUUAUGGUUUCUCGCGAGCGAAACGUAUUGCACUGUUUUUUGUACAUAGAGCUUUAAAGCUGGGAACAGAUUACGCAGCGCUUUUAAUCAAGUUGGUCUUUCACCACCAGGAAUAUUUAAAAUAAUCUUAACGUUUCCUGCAGAAGGGAGAUAAGUGCUAAUACUUUCCAAAGCAAUAGGCAUUCAUCGGUUCUGCCUUAUGGAGGACGUGGGGAGGCACGGGCAGGGGGGUACGAGUGUCCCUGCCGCUGGCUUGGUCCUGAAGCAGACCCCGAUGGCAGGGGAGGGAGCGCGCUGUGCGCCGCGUCCUGAGCACUGAGCACAGGGCCCUCGCCCUGCAGGUGCUGUCAUCCAGGAGGCUAAAACUCAGCCAUCCGAGUCCUUGCACUAAACCCAAGUGCCUACCCCAUGUGGGGCUGAGGGAGACCAGGGCGUGCCUACACUUUAUAUUUUACUGAAAUAGCUAUUUUUGAUAAUUAUCCGGAAAGUGUUGCUCCAAGGGAUUUGCUCUUUUUGUCCAACUCCUAUAGAUGAGUCCUGGGGAGUGAAUCUCCAUGCAAGAGCUCAGCUCUCACCCUGUGGCUGGGGGCACCUCUGUCCCUCCCUGCCUUCUGGUCCCUCUUGCACAGAAAAGUGUUUGUGGCUCCCCCAGGGCUGGGCUCCACGGUACAAGCAGCCCACCGAAGGGGAUGGCUUCUCCUCCAGGAGAGGUCCUGAGGGCUUUGGGGACGUUUCCGAGGAGGCUGUCACGUUGGUUUUACCUGCUACCUUGCAGGAGGUGCAUGUGAUGCAGAUGACUGCUACGGAAUGUUAUCGAGCUCCUUGAUAAUCAUACGGGUGUGUAACGUGUUGCGCCUAUAAUUACCUCUCUCAAGGUAUACUAGAUGCACUUUUGAGUGGCAACACAAUGGCUCGUUAAAGAUAUUAUGGGACAACUGAGUCUGUUGAAAGCAAACUUUCUUUUGAAAGCUGACCAAGAUUUAUAUUAAUAUUUAUAAGCACUGGAACAUAAUUGUUUAUUCAACAGUUUUAUUUCAUUAAAAGAGGAAACUAAUAUAACUAUGGCACUGAUGUAUUCUGACCUGAUUUGGGUAGUUCCGUUUCUGUCUGUGAAAAUAAUCACUUCAGAGAUAAUUGCUAAUAAUUGCAAAGCUUAUUUACCUUGUGUAUAUGUGUAACUGGAAAGGAAUCUGGCUCUAUCUGCAAGACGUGAUUUAAGCUCUGUAAACUUUACAUGAAUUAUUCUAAUUUUUUUUCUUACUUGUUUGUUUAACUUCUGAAUUUGGGAAGCUCUCUGGUGCUCUUGAGGUGAACUUAUUUGCAGGAAAACUACACUGAAAAUAUAGCACUACAUUUUAUACUGCCAUAAUCCCUCCGGAUCCUGCAGCCCUUUGCACGGACCCUCUGCCCAGUGCACACCUUAAACAACAAAUGAGCGAGUGUGGUUUGAUCUUGGAGCAGCGUAGCCAAGCCAGAUUUCUUAUUCAGUUGGCGACAGGCCUUCAAAAAGCUGUUCAAUGUACUUCAUUUUAUUCACAUCAAGAAAUAAAAGCUUUGUGUCGAGUUGUAAACAA